ACUGUCUAACUCGGACGAUAUAACGAUCUUUUUCCUGGUUUAAGUGUAUGACAAGCUUUGAUGAUAGAAAUUGAUAUAUCUUUAUCAUGGUUUGUCGUAUUGGUGAUACACUGGACAUUUGACAGAGGACUGAAAGAAAACUACUUGCCACGACAUUGCCACUACCGCAUCUCUAGACGUUAAAACGUUAAACGUGACUGACCUACAUGCUGAGAUGAGCAUUGAGGAUAUUUCCGAAGUGUCACGCGAUACGAACGCGGGAUGCAUUCCCCGGUUGUCCCGUCCCCUCGGGCCCUUGGAGACAAUGUACCAUCUCUACCACCAGCGAGGUAUGGACCUCAUAGUCCAGCUCAUGUCUUUAAAAACGAAUGUGCCUGUAACACAACUCAUUGUCAGACAAGCGCUUGUAUUUCUAAUGAAGAAGCAUCCCAUCUUGCGAAUGUGCAUCAAGAGAAGUGACAGAGAUCAUGUUCAAUACAAUUUUCUAGAAAUGGAUAAAUGUGCAAUGGAUCUACGAGUGACAGAGAAUACAAACCAUGAGGAGAUCCUAGCCGAAGCCUUACUUCUAUCAUUUGAUUAUGAGAGUGGACCACUCUGGAGAAUGGUUUUUGUUGAGCCAGAUGUUAAAUUGUGUGCACACUUACCUAAUUCCAAUCUUAAUCACAGUUUAGUGUUUGCAUUCAGCUGUCACCAUGCCAUUGCGGAUGGUAUAUACCUACAGAAAAUAUAUAUGGAUUUCAUAGAAAUGAUUCACCUUAUUCAAAAUGGACGUUUCAAUGCAUUAUCCUCAAUGAAAAAGUCACUGUUUCUGCCACCUAUUGAAAAGAUUUUACCAGUAAUAUUUCCUUACGGCAGAGAAGAACGCCGUCACAGACUAAGGCGACAUAGUGAGCUAUUUAGGUCAACUGAGACUGACCCCAAUAUGUCAAAGACACGCUCAUUCGGAGGAAAGGCUAUUGAAGCACUGGACGUUUAUCACAAAAGAUUUCAUUCUGAAAUUGCCAAUCUUAGCAGUGCAAAAAGACAAUCCACGGGAGUAAUUAGAUUUAGUUUUACAGAGGGACAUUCCAGGACCUUUUUACUUAGCAAUAAGGAGAAUCAUGUGACUGUGACGUCAUCUUGUGUCACAGCAGCCUGCUUGUCUCUAGCCCGGUUGUUGGAGCCGAACAUCCCUGAUGAUGUUGACUACCUAGCAGUUCCUGUGGAGAUCAUGGUCAACCUAAGGCGCUACGUCACAGAUCAAACAAUGUUCGAGAACUACCCCGGAUGUGCCGCAAUUCAUAUUCCUUUAACCAUUUCCGUCCCGUUGCGAUGCACGCAUAAUGUAUCCUCAACGAUUUUUUGGAAUCUUUCCCAACAAUGUUCAGAAAAAAUCUCCGAUAUUGUGUCAUCAGGAAAACCUAUAGAAAUAAUGAAAGAGGAAGCAGAGAAUGAACUAAACGCGCAGCCAGUUAAGGGGAAAUCUCCUUUUGUGAUAUGUCUUACAAACUUGUCCAGGGUCGACGACAUGGUUAAACCGGAACUAAAGAAGAACUUCCGGUUGGCAUCAUUCCCGAGUCUGACGAGGAUUGCUGUGGACGAUAUGCCGAUAUUUUUCAUCAAUGUGUUCACUCUCAAUAAGGAGCUAAACGUAAAUGUUGGUUACUGUGCAAGCUACACCUCCAGGCAGACAGCGACCCGGUAUUCCUGGCUAUACAGUGACGUCAUCUGUCAACACAGCAAGCUGUGA